CACAAGCUGCCAGACAUGAAAGGACUCCAAACUGCGCUUCUAGUGAUUCUCCUCACCCUCUCCUCCAGUGGUGCCGAGGAGACAAAAAAUCCUGCAAAGGGAUGCAAGACCCGUUGGUUCGACCGGGACAAUCCCACUGGUACUGGAGACUAUGAACUUCUCUCGCAACUCUGGGAUGAAAACCCAGAUAAAAUCUGCCCAGAACCAAUUGCCAUUGAAGUUCAGACGCUAGACGGGAUCCCGGCCUCCAAGACCAAGCAACAAUUUUCAGUGAACAACCCCACUGAGGGGUUUGCGUGUAUCAAUGCCCAGCAAGGGAAAGGAAAAUCAUGCUUCGAUUACAAAGUGCGUUUCACUUGCCCAGAGUCCUACUGUUCGCCCCGCCCGACCCCCCAGGUGCCAGUCAGACCAAAGACAACUUUCUCUCCAACCAAGACAUCACAGGCUAAACCGGAAGAAAAAACGGAGAGCGUCACGGGAGGUAAUGAUGAACAGAAAGAUUUUGUGGUCCUCUUGGAAGUUGACUUGAUGGCAAGCAGUGGCUGGAGGCCCUACCCAAGUGCCAGUCGGACCAAAGACAACUUUCCCUGCACCCAGGACUACACACCACGAACCAGAAGAGACAACCGAGAGCUUCAAGGGAG